AUGGUCAAUAUCAUAGACUUGUCCGACGACGACGGCAACGACGCAUUCAGACAUGAUGCGGCAGCCGGCAAGGCGCCGUUUGACUUGGCUGUGAUCGAGGAGAGCUCGCAAGCACUGGAGGCGGCCUGCUGGCUGGCGGUGCCGCUCGCUGAUAAGCUGCUGUUAGCCGGUGACCACUCCCAGCUGCCACCGACGGUCCUGAGUCGGGAGGCCGCAGAGAAGGGCCUGGCCGUGUCGCUGAUGGAGCGCCAGAUAACGCUGCAUGGUGCGGCAACCGUGUGCAAGCUGCACACCCAGUACCGCAUGCACGAGUUGAUCCAGCGCUGGCCGUCGGAGCACCGGCUGUCGCAGCUGCCGAACGUGAGCGAAACGGAGGAGACGGGCCCCGUCCUGCUGCUGAUCGACACGGCCGGCUGCCGGCUGGAGGAGACGAGCGACUCGAGCACAGGCUCGUGCGCGAACCAGGGCGAGGCGGACAUCGUGGUGGCGCACGCGCGUGCGCUGCUGCGCGCCGGACUGGAGGCCGGCGAGCUGUGCAUCAUCUCGCCAUACAAGCGGCAACUGGACCUGGUCGACGCCCGCCUGCGUCAGCUGAAGCUGGGCGUGGCGGUGGGCACGGUGGACGGCUUCCAGGGCCGCGAGAAGGAGGCCGUGCUGCUCUCGCUGGUGCGCUCCAACCAGCGCCGCAAGGUCGGCUUCCUGGCCGAGCGACGCCGCAUCAACGUGGCGGUGACGCGAGCCCGUCGCCAGCUGUUCGUCGUCUGCGACACAGCCACCGUGCGGGCCGACGUCUUCCUGGCCUCGCUGGUCGACCAUAUGGUGAAGCACGGUGAGGUCCGCUCAGCGAACGACUACAGGAGCGACCCGGCGGCGGCCGCGCGCGACCGGGAGCACCCGUAA